AUGUUAUAAGUUUGCAUAAGAGUUCGUCCUCUUUUAAAACAUGAAAAAAAUGCAUAAUGGUUCGUCAAUAAGAAUAAUAUAAACUCUUAGAAUAAAUCUUUUACAUUUGACUAAGUAGAAUGUGAAACAAGGACUUAAACUCUUUAUAAUAAAAUAGCCAAAUAGAAUGUCAAGAAAGCGCUCAAUGGCUAUCAUACAACAAUAAUGUGUUAUGGAUAAACUACAUCUGGAAAAACAUUCACAACCUUAGGCACUCAUGAUAAUCCUGGAAUAUUACCUUGCGCCUUAAGAGAUGUUUUUUUAGAUGACAAUGUUAAAUGUUCGAUUUAGUACGUUCAAAUAUAUAAUGAAGUUAUUGAUGAUCUUUUGGAUCCAAAAUGCACAUCUUUGCAAAUAAUGAAUGAUUAAAAAUGGGGUACAACUUUACAAUUGAAAUAAAUCCCAGUCAAUAGUUUUGAUUAAGCAAUACAACUACUAAACGAAGGAGAAGAAAGGAGAAUCUACAGAGAGACUCAGAUUCAUGAUAAAAGUUCAAGAUCACAUACAAUAUUUCGGAUUUUUAUAGAAAAUGGCUCUCGAUAUUCAUGCUUAAACAUAGUUGAUUUAGCUGGGAGUGAGAGAGUGUCAUCAGAAAAUGACAUAAAUCAUGAGACAGGUUACAUCAAUAAGAGUUUGUUAGCAUUAACCAACGUUAUCAAUUAAUUAACAGAUUAAAAAUAAUAGCAUAUUUCAUAUAGAGAUUCAAAAUUAACAAGGCUGCUUUAGAAUUCAUUGGGAGGGAAUUCUAUUACUGUUCUUAUCUGCUGUAUCUCUCCAGGAAAUAAUACAUAAACAUUGUCAACUUUGUAAUUUGCACAAAGGGCGAAGAUUGUGAAAAACACUCCUAUUGUAAAUGGGGAGAAGCAGACUUAAGAAUUUUAGGACUAACAGUUUCAAAGUUCUUGUUAUUCAAAUUUCAACAUUUUUACAUAUGUUUAGUCUUUAUAAUAAUCAAAUAAGUCUUCGUUUUAAACUUUACUCAAAUUAGAACAAAAGUAUUAAAAUAAAUACUCAGAACUUCUUUAAUAAUAUUACAAGGAAUUAAGUAAAUUCACAAUAAAUGAGUAAGAUUUAUAAGAUACCAUAUCUACUUUGGGAAGAAACAUUGUAAUUUAAUUAGAAGAGAUGAAAUAAAGUAUAUCUGAUACAAAUAAUGAAGAUUCAUAAUACAAACUAUUAAUUUGGGGAUCAGGAUAAGAUGGAAGAUUGGGACUUGGUGAUGAAAAAACCUGUAAAAUUCCUUAAGAAAUUAACAAUUAUAAAUUUUCAUAGGUAAGUUGUGGAUUCCACCAUACUUUGGCUAUUUGUAACGGUUUUAUUUAUGCGUGGGGUAGAGGCUAAAAAGGAUAGUUAGGAUUAGGAAAUUAUGAAACUAUUUUAACACCUAAAAAAAUCGAAAACUUAAGAAAAGCUACUUAAAUUGCAUGUGGAUGGUAACAUAGUUUGGCUAUUUGUGAUGGCAAUUUGUAUUCUUGGGGUUGUGGAGAUGAUGGACAAUUAGGAAAUGGAGACUGUCAAUCAAUCAACUAACCAAUAGCUAUUCAAGAAGAUGUUGAAUCCAUCUAUGCUGGCCAUUCAUAAAGUGGAUUCAUGAAAGAAGGAAUGCUUUACACGUUUGGAAAUAAUCAGGAUGGAAGAUGCAUGAUUGACUCUUUAGGAAUUCUUACAGAACCAGAAUAAGUGCCUUUGAACGAUAUUAAAUCAGUAAGUCUAGGGGUAUCUCACAUGGGAGUUGUUACUAAUGACGGUUGUGUUUAUAUGGCUGGAACUUCUAUAGAUGGCUAAUUAGGAACCUUUAGUACAGAUGACGAAGUGGCGACUUGGUUUACUUAAUUAGAUAAAUUUAAUAGUUCAAAUAGGGCUUCUCAAAUUCAAUGUGGAGAUGCUUUUACCUUGGUCUUAAAUACUAAAGGAAUUAUCUAUGCCUUUGGAAAGGGUUCAUUUAAGCGGUUAGGAUUGCCAACAACUGACAAUAUUUAUGAACCUACUCCUUUACCCAUUUAAGGUGAUAUGAUUGUUGCUGGAUGUAGACAUGCUUGUACAAUAACAAAGAAUGGGUAAGCAUAUAUGUGGGGAUUCAAUUUUCAUAACUAACUUGGUCUUGGAUAAGAUGAUUUAGAUUAGGAACCAAUUUUGUUAAAAAUUAAUAAUAUCAAAUAAAUUUCGCUUGGUUACUUUCAUUCAGCUGCCUUAGUUUCAAAAUGA